GUGCGCCCCAGUGCCGAGCUGCCUGAACCCAGUUUCGAUUAUUUCUAUUUCUCACCUUCCGCUUCUUCCUCUUCCUCUUCUCUUCCUCUCUUCCUCCUCUCCAUCCUCCUUCCACCUCCACCUCUCUCUUACAUCUCCAAUGCUGCUCACAAUCUGGGUUAUCGCCGGCCCCGCUGGCUGCGGCAAGACCACCGUCGCCGAGUACGUCUCCAAGACCCUCGAGGCUCCCUUCGUCGAGGGCGACAGCCUGCACUCCCCCGAAAACAUUCGCAAGAUGGCCGCCAACGACCCGCUCACCGACGAGGACCGCGAGCCCUGGCUCAAGUCCAUCGUCCCCGCCUGCAUCCAGGCCGCGGGCCUCCACUCCACCGGCACAAAGUCCCACAACUGCGUCGUCACUUGCUCGUCCCUCAGACACAGGUACCGCAACAUCAUCCGCGACGCCGCCCGCCACGAGCGAGACCACCGCGGCCUCUCCGUCCAUGUCCGGUUUAUCUACCUGACUGCGGAUGAGGAGACCCUCCUCGCCCGCGUCCACAGGCGCGAGAAUCAUUACAUGAAGGAAUCCAUGGUCUUCUCCCAGGUCAAGCUCCAGGAACUCCCCUCCGUCUCCGAGCAGAUCGACUCGCUCAUCAUCAACGUCACCGGCAAGACCCCCGAGCAGGUCAACGCCGCCGCUCUCAAGGCCAUCAACGAGCUCAAGACCUCAUAAACAUAAACUCUUCUACUUACCGUCAGCGAUGAUCACGUUUGUUUUUGUUUAUUUUUUUCUUGGCAAAUAUGUAAACUAGAAUUGUCCUCUUUUAAUCUAAUCUGUGUUU